ACAGGUGUCCGCUAUUGGGUGGAAUAUGCAAAUGACUGGGUGACGUCAGGCAGCUCUGGUCCAAGCAGCAGAAAUAGGGCAGGAUUCAGCAUUUACACCUCCUAGCUCCUGGAUUGCGACCGACACCAGCGCCAAGCUUGUGUUGUGAUAUUUUUUUUUAUAUAUAUAAAUAUUUUUUCCGGUCUUUUGUUUAAUCUCCCUUGGUUUUUCCUCCUUCAGGCUCCAGCCUUUCAUGAUUUCCUUCCCUCUCCCCCACAAACGCUCCUGCAGACUUCUGUAUCCUUCCUCCCCAUAAGGAGAUUUUUUUUUAAAAAAAAACAAACACACCAAAACUCUGACAUCCUUUUCUUCUUCUUCUUCCAGCUGCCACAGGCUUUAAACUGUGCUCAGUCUCUGCCACGGGAAUCCUACCGACUUGAAAUAAUGAAAUCAAGAAGCUUUUGGUCACUUCUGGUGUUGCUUGAGGUUUUCCUGUCAGUCACUUGGGGGUGGAUGGAAUCGGACAGGAUCAGAAGGCUUUAUGCGGAUGCAGGGAUGUUGCAACAAAAGGAAUUGAGAGGCUUUGAAGCCACAAGAAAAAAAGUGCUUUAUGGGCAAGAUGGCCUACAUGCAUCAUGCGAAAAAAAAUACUGUGGCCGGGGAAGUAAGUGUGUUGUGAACAAGGAGACUAAUCAGCCUGAAUGCAAAUGCCUAGAAGACUGCAAGCCCAGUUAUAUGCCAGUGUGUGGAUCUGAUGGCAAAUUUUAUGAAAAUCACUGUGAACUCCACCGAGCCUCAUGCUUGCAGAGGAAGAAAAUCUACAUUAUCCACAGCAAGGACUGUUUCUUCAAAGGUGACACUUGCACAAUGGCAGACUACAGCCGUCUUAAAAGCAUACUCCUGGACCUUCAAGCUCAUCACCACAGCCAGCUGAGCAGCCCUGUAGAGGACAGAACAUCCCAGAAGCGCUUGUUAGUUGAAGACAUGUUUAAGUACUUGGAUAUAAACAGUGACGGGCACCUCAGCAGCUCUGAACUGGCUCAGCUAAUGGAGAAAGAAGCUCUAGAGGAUGAUUUCUUGGAUUGCACGCUGGAAGAUCUUCUCCGAUUUGAUGAUUACAACAAUGAUGGUUACUUAACCCUGCAAGAACUCUAUACUGCAUUCCAGGUGGUUCAACUCACUCUUCCGGAGGAACAGAAGGUUAGCAUUACCACAGUAACAGUCGGACUGAGCGCUGUAUUGACCUGUGCCAUCCAUGGAACCCUUAGGCCCCCAAUUAUUUGGAAACGCAAUGGAGUCAUACUGAACUUCUUAGAUUUGGAAGAUAUCAACGAUUUUGGAGAAGAUGAUUCCCUCUACAUCACCAAGGUAACAACUAUUCACAUGGGCAAUUACACCUGUCACGCCUACGGCUAUGAAGAGCUGUAUCAGACCCACAUCCUUCAGGUGAAUGUGCCACCAGUGAUCCGUGUAUAUCCCGAAACUCAGGCACAGGAACCUGGCGUAUCUGCAAGUCUCAAAUGUCACGCUGAAGGCAUUCCUAAUCCCAGAAUUACCUGGCUAAAAAAUGGCAUUGAUAUCAUGCCAAAAUUAUCCAAACAACUAACACUCCUAGCAAAUGGAAGUGAACUUCAUAUCAAUAGUGUUCGAUAUGAAGACACCGGUGCCUAUACGUGCAUUGCUAAAAAUGAAGUGGGAGUGGAUGAGGACAUAUCGUCUCUCUUCAUCGAAGAUUCAGCCAGGAAGACUCUUGCAAACAUACUGUGGCGAGAGGAAGGCCUAAGUGUGGGAAAUAUGUUUUAUGUCUUUUCCAAUGAUGGGAUCACAAUCAUUCAGCCAAACGAAUGUGAGAUCCGAAGACAUAUCAAACCCAGUGAGAGGAUUUUUACAAGUUAUGAAGAGAUCUGUCCUAGAGCUGAAGGUGGAGCUGUUCAGUCCUGCCUCUGGGCUUCAGCUGUCAAUGUCAGAGACAAGUAUAUUUAUGUGACACAGCCCAAGCAGAACAGACUAAUCAUCAUUGAUAUCCAGACACAGAAAGUCAUGCAGUCUAUGGAUGUUGACCCCCUACCAGCCAAAUUACAUUAUGAUAAAUCACAUGACCAAGUCUGGGUCCUUAGCUGGGGGAACAUGCAGAAGUCCCAUCCAACACUGCAGGUAAUAUCAGAGGCAAGUGCAGGGGAAAAUCAGCAUAUCAUCCGCACGCCAUUUGAAGAUGUGGAUGAUUUUUUCAUACCACCUACAAAUCUUAUUAUUAAUCACAUUAGGUUCGGUUUCAUCUUUAACAAAUCGAAAUCUGCAGUUCACAAAAUUGACCUGGAAACUGUGACCCACAUCAAGACUAUCCGCUUCAGAAACUAUAGCUGCAAACCACAGAGCAUGGCCUAUACCCAUUUGGGCGGCUACUUUUUUGUCCAGUGUAAAAAAAAUACAUCAGGAAUAGCCUCUCCCCAGCUCAUUAUUGACAGUGUUACAGAUUCUGUGAUUGGCCCUAACAGUGACAUAUCGGGUACGCCCUAUAUUUCCCCUGAUGGACGCUAUUUGGUCAGUGCAGCUGAAGACAGUGGCAGGAUUAAAGUCCAGGCAAUAACCAUCCAAGGGGAAAUCAAGUUGAUUUAUGACUUACAAACAAAUGUACACGUAUCUGAUCUGACAUUUCAACCCUCUUUCACUGAAGGCAAUCAGUACUACAUAUAUGCUACGUCACAUUUGCAAACAGAUGUGCUUUUUGUAGAGCUGUCAACAGGGAAAAUGAAUGUACUGAAGAAUUUAAAGGACCCUAUCAUGUCCAAAGACUGGCCCUGGAGCAGCUACACCAGAAUUAUGAAAGACAGUGGAUUAUUUGGACAGUAUCUUAUUACACCAGCUAAGAAUUCACUGUUUGUUAUUAAUGGGAGACAAAACACAUUACACUGUGAGGUUUCAGGUAUCAGGAGGGGUAACACGGUGGUCUGGGUUGGAGAAGUAUGAAAGGGCACAAAACUAGAGCCUGCAGCAGACAAGUACUGAUUGGACCUUACACUGCAACAAAUAGGCAGUCGCAUUGUAUAUUUUUUCACUGGGGAAAAAAACCUGUAAAAGCUUCAUGGUGCAACACUGGUCUACUUGCAAGUUUUAUAGUAUAAGGUAUGAUCUGCUAAUAGAAAUUGGGUUGUGUUGGGAUAUUUUUUGGAAGUAUGAUUUACGGCUUGGCUAAUGAAAAGAAUGUAUAGCUGGAAAGAGAAUAAUUUCUCUACCAAGGUAUUGAAUAAGAUGCAUAACUUGAUGAUUCUGUAGAACAAAACAGCUUCUGAGUUUCAGUAUUGAUGAGUCUCUUCAUUAUGUUGAAGUCAUCAGUUUUCUUUCAGUCAGUCUAACUUCAAAUCAACUGUACUUCUGACUGUAGGGCCCUGAUUAUACUACCCUUAACAUUGCCUGAACAUGUAAGCAGUAAAAACACAUUUAAAACUGACCUUUGUAAUAAGGAAAAUAAAUCACAGAAAGCAGUUUUCAAAAUGCAGACAUCUAGGUGAUAAAUUUAAUGGAAAAUGAUCAGUUUCCUUUGAGGGAUGGUGUGAGAAGAAUUCUUUGAUAUAAUUUCAGUACCAAACAUGACAGAAGUAUCUACGGUCAACUCUCUUUUUUUUUCUUUUCUCUCUUUUGCUAUUGGAAUGCAGGGUGUAUAAAGAACAUCGUCUGAUUGUAUUCGAGAAAAUUCUUAGUGGAAAAAUUGGGGAUGGGAAGGUGAAUUUGAAAGCCACAAAACACUGGUAGUCAGAUAUGCAGAAUCUAUCGUAUCAGGAGAUAAAGCACUCUUCCUUCAGCACCAUGUGACUCAAGUCAGAUAGGACAUAGUGUGAAAAAUCAUUUCCUGCCUGCCAGACAGCAUAAUAGCCAGGCUUGUACUCAAUGUAGGCAGAAACAUUUCUAGAAAUUAUUCAUUUCCCUCAUUAGCAAUUUACCAACACUGAAGCGACUUAGUUGUUCAUAAAACAAUGGCUACAUAGCCAACUCCAUCUCCACCAGUUUCAGUAACAUAUUUUUAGCAACCCAUUCACCCAUUAUAAUUUUAGUCUUAAUUUACAUGUGUCUCUUCAAAGAUUCUGGAAAAGAUUAUUUUUGUGUUGCCGUUUUCCUCCCAUUUAUAUUACACUUUUUUAUCUUCAAUUACCAUUUAGUUAUGAGAAAUUAGAUUCAUGUAAAAAUCAAAUAAAUUACCCCAGAAUGCAACAGCUGGCAGUGAGAAAGUUAAGUUCCAUUUGCACUUUUAUAGACAUAAAAAGCUUUUCUCCAGUUCUGUUUCGUAGCUGUCAGUGUUCGUCAUCAUGAACUAAUUAGGACAAGAGUAGUUAUGGGUAACUUUCCAAAGUGGUGCAAGCCAGACAAGUACUAUUAAAAACAGUAAGAAAUGAGCAGCUAAAUCCCACAAACUGCUUUGAAAAUGUAAUCUUGAUGUUAGUGCAAACUCCCUUUUCCAGGGACAGCAUCUGUUACAUCAUUGCACCUGGCCUUUUGAAUUACAUGAAAGUAUAACUAUGCUGUAGCAUGACCUUGACUGCCCAGAGUUUAUACGAAAGCAGUUGUUGAAUAUAUACGGUGAUACUUAAAGGUGCAGUAACUAUUUUCUAACAUAGAUGUUUGUCACCCUCCUCAUAAAAAAGGGAUUUUAAAUUGAAAGGACACAGAGUAACACUGAUAACAUUCCUUUAAGCAUUAGCUUUUACCGAAAGAAUUGCAUUUUAUAGGCUGGCUAUAGACAUCGAGUAAGUUAUAACCAUCUUAGUUCUCUGAUUAGUAUAAAUCUGUUUGGACAGACAAAAAAAUGCAAUGAAUCCUAUGAAUUCAUUAGAUAUGAAAUCCUUUAAAUUGCCCUUUAGCAUCGAUAGGAUGAAACCUACAUAUUUUCUCUUAUGAGCCAUAAAGGUUAGACGACAUUAUCCCAUCAUUAAAACAUGGACAUACCUUCAUUUAGAAAUGCAUAUUGCUCAUGAUUCUCUACUCAUCUAGUGAGGAAACAUACACCUGUAAGGAAAGGAGGAGAUCAACUUUGUAAGUAUUUUUAAAUAUGCACAACUCCUUUCUAGAACAAAGCUGUAUCCAUACAUUGCAGUCAUCCUAAAUGUGUUUUAUUAGGCCAGACCACUGCGCUAGUGUUAUCUUUUAUGCCUUCUUGAAUAUUUUAUUAUGCCUAUUGUAAGUUUCCUUGUAGAGAAGUUCAUUGUGUCAUAGAUCAAGCAAAUAUUACUUUUUUAAGAAUAUUUUAAAAAAUGUAAAUAUCUGUUCAGGUAAAUAUUCUUACAACUGGUGUAAAUAGGCUGUGAAGGAUGUAUAAUAGCCCUCACAUCUUUCUGUUUGUCUCAAAAUAUUGGACUAGAAGUCACUCCAACUCCCACUUUAACCUUCCAAAGAUGCUCCCAUUUUUCCUUCCGCAGCCCAAGUUCUGGUGACGUGCUUUCUAAAUUAUCCUAAUGGUUCUAGCAUACUUAGGCAAUGAAGUACAAUUUAGAUUGUCCACGCUACUUGUGAACCGUUCCAAUCAUGGUCAAUCUAACAUUAAAGUGCUGCACAUUUGUUAUUCUGGAUUUUUUUUCUUAUGCCACAACGCUCACCCUUUUCUCUGUACCAAAAAGGUUUAACUUGUGUUUGCCUUUGAUUGCAAGCAUAUUAAAUCUCCCUUGAUUGCAGUUUCUUUUUCAUUUCUUUGGUAUGUAAGUAGCAAUUGCUUCACCACUUCACAUUUUUCCUGGCUAAUGAAUUACUAAUCACAAUGAUUAAUUGAAAUGAAUUUAAAUUGGAUUAGCAAAUAAUUAGUUACUUGAAUAUGCUGAUGUAUCACUUAGGCGUCUAUUUGAUGGACACUAGGAUCACAGACAAUAGUCACUGAUUUCAGUAAGAAUCUAGUCCCUGAUCAUUCACUGCUUAGAUUAAAUGGUAAUACAAAAGAAAUAACAUGGCUGUUCUAAUCAGUAAUUUUUCCCCUUUCUUUUUCAUUUUCUAAAUAUGGAAGGCCUCUUAUUUAGCAGUGCUAGCUAUUCAGUCCAAGACUUGGGCAUACAGCUGGUUUUGAAACAGUACAAGCUAAAGAAAGAGGAGGAGUACUAAGAUUUAGAACCAGAAACUGUGAAUUACCUGUUAUUACUGAGAUUUUUUUAACCUCCUCUGCACCACAUAAAUCAACUAAAUAUCCUUGGACAUUCCUCAAACUUAGGAUGGGUGCACACUUGCAAUUUGUUAUGGGUAACCGUGAAAAUGUGGCGGCAGGAGACUUUCAUGUCUGUUCACUAAACCGAGUCAGAAAUUUCGUUUGAAUAGAAAUGGGGGUGUUGGAAAAUCUUGACCUGGCAGUUUGGGUCACUGAGCAGUAAAUCUACACUGGAACUCUCCAUCUUCUUUAUAUCAUGAUUAUUAUUUCUUACAGUGCUCAAAAGUCUGCUGGGUGUCUCCCAAUACAGGUAAAAAGACCAUGAUUUGUGUUCCCUAAUGAGCUCACAUGCUAAUAUCAGACAUGAUCUUACAAGGCGUUAACAAGAUGGAGGUUGGGCAGAGGUACAGGGUGACAUCUAUAUGAGAACAUGGUUAGUCAAUAAGGGUGCAGCUUGAUGGAGUAAAUAAAUGUUCUGUCUCUUCCAUGAUGUCCCUCUGUCUCAUACCUGUCAGGAUUUUAAAUGAGAAAAAUAUCCAUAUGUUUAUCUGAGUACAGUUGCUUUCUGUUCAUUUAGCAUUCUCUCCACUGGACUGGACAAGUCUUCCUCAUUAGCAGGUUUCCACACAGCCAAAUUCCGUGUGUGACUUUUAUUGACUUCUCAUGUCAACAUGAGAGCAGCCAGAGCCAGUCAGAAGUUGGCCUAAAUGGACUGUGUAUCUAAGAACAUGCCACUUUAUACCCCCAUAGUUUGCCUCUUAUGUUGUGAAAAGUUAGGGCCAAAUUCCACUUGCCUUGCUUUUACACAAUGUCUGAUAAAGGAAAGUAGGUGGUGGCUGAUUUCCAGAUGGGAUUACUAAUCCCACCCUAUUUCUGAUCUGAAAGCUACUGCAUUUCCUGACUCGCUGUUUUGCAAAAGGGACACUGUCUCUCUUUCAGAAGCAGCAAAGCACUUUAAGCUAUAGAAAACAGGCCAGAGAUCAAUUUUAAAGUCACCCCCUCUGCCAAUGCUGCCACUUCCUAAGAGUUUAUUCUUCAUCCUAACUACCAACCUGUCUUCCCCCCUCCCCACCCCAAACACCAUGCAGCCUACCCCAUCCCUUCCUCCCCUCAACCCGUGUCUUGCUGUACUUCUAGUAGCCUCCGAGAUAGAUAAUGCCAGGGGCUGUCCUCUGUGAAUUGCAUCAUCCCGCUUCUAUGUCGCUAUAGCCUGAUGCUGCUGCUCAAACUACUUAUUCUGGGAUGCACACACGUACACAAUGACCUCUGCAUCAUACCUGUCUGAGUCAGCCACAAUUAUCAUGCCAUCCAGUAGCUUCAUUGCCUAGCCCAGUCCCCUUGGUACAGGGACGUUUUUGCUGCUGCUGUUAGCAUUCUGAACCAUGACCGGACAAAAACAAAACCAUUAAAAAAUCUCUGCAGCCGGGGAAAGAAAAACCUGUGCCUUUCUUUAAGCAAUUAUAUGGUGCUCAGCUAUUACAGUAGCGAGCAUGAUAUAAAUGCCUAAAAAGAAAAAUGAAAAGGAGGACUUGUGGCACCUUAAAGACUAACCAAUUUAUUUGAGCAUAAGCAAAGAAAAAUGUUGGCUUAAAUAACCCAAUGCUGCAACUAAACAUUAUUUCCUAUGCGAUGGACUGUAACAAAACCACAGGGAAAGGGAAGGCCAGUGGAGACGUUGACUGUUUGCAACAACAUUUUUUAACAUCAAGAUUUUGUUUAAAAAAAUAGAGAGAGAUAAGGGAUUAGGGAAGAAGAGGCUUAAAUCUGGCCUACUGAUGAAUUUUGUACAUGUUUACAUUUUGUAGGAAAAAGGCAAAAUCCAAAAAAAAGAGGGGACUUCUCUGAAGCCCUGCCUGUGCCUAAGAAAUCAAGAUGGUGUUACAUCUUUGGGGAUUGCACUAGAAAACUGUUGCUAAUUGAAGGGAGUGGCCUGAGCUUUUGUUUAUUCCACUGAAGGACAGCCUUGCAAAUGAAUGAGCCGUCUAAAUAAAGCGUAUGCAGUUCUUUUACAGCCAUCAUCUACUCACGAGCACCUGUGAAUCAAAAGAAAUCGGUGCAAAACAGUUAGUCUGAUAUAUUUUUUGAUAUUAAAAUCCCAUCUUCACCUGCUCAAAAUAGGUGGACCUUACAUGUCAGUGCAGGUGCGGGUUAUUUCCUUAACCAUACCUAUGUAUCGCUGCCAGAUAUAUCAAAGACUACACUGCUGCCCUAUCCAAGCAUCAGUUGCACCCUGUUCACAGAAAUGCAUUGCCCAGAAAGGGCAAACCCCAGUCAACCCAGCUGGACAUUUUUCAAAAUUUCUUCCAAACACCAGUGUUAACGACUCGUGUGAUUUUUUUUGUACAAGUCCCCGGACAUUUGGUCCUUUAACUAGAGCCCAGGCUAACUGAAACCAGUGAUGAAGCUCAGCUUUCAUUUAAAACAAAAAGUAAGUUUCUAGCCCUCCUGGUUGCAGAGAAGAUCUUGAAAACUUGACCCUGAGUACACCCUAAAGGCAAAUACUAAAUUCCUCAAAGUGGCUUUUAUUUUAAAAAAAACUGAUUUUUAAGCCUAUCUCAGGAUUUGGCAUUGAGUGGGGGCUGACACGUGAUUUUUGAAUGUUUGGGUUGACAAUACUGGAAAACAGAAAAAAAUACAUUUGCAUAAAAAGUUUGCAAAUUUAUUUUCCAUUUUCAAAACAGCUCAAAAUGCUAUUAAAAAAAAUCACUCUCACUGUGAUAAUUCUGUCACACAGACUGCCUUGCCUUGAAGCUAGCUUAAUUAUUAACUUCAGCAUAUUGUUAUAAGAAGCACACAGGACCUUUAUAGGGAAGAAGGCAGCACGCCGCAUUUAUUGAGAAUACAACACUUAGCAUAUGCUUGUCAAUCUCACACACACAGUCCUGCGAGUUGAUGUUUAUAAUUACCAGUCCAGAGUCUGGAUCAAUCUAGUGGCCAGCCAGAUGGGGAGCAGGGCUCUGUCGGUCGCAAUCCAAUGCUCCUGGAGUGUGGCAAGAUGAACCCAAAGUCCCAUGGCAAAGCACCCUGUUCUUAUAGUCCUUUUUCUCUGUUGAAGUGUCAGUUGCUUACCAGUUACUGCUUGAAUGGUGUUAACAUUCCAAAACACCUCUGAGAGGGUCAUCCUGUCCUGGUUUCAAUUUAAUCAAUUGUCUUUAGGGGUGCCAGCCUUCACCUCAGGGUUGUCAAUUUGCCCUUCCUCAAUCAUGGAUAUGCGUUGAUGGUUCUUUGGCGUCAACAAAUCUCGAUAAGUGUCUUCGCUCCUCCUUUCUUGAGCAUCUGGUUAACAAUGGCCUUCACACCUUAUCUUUUUAUGAUGCAUGCAUUCCUCAUUCACACAGUCUUUUACAGAGACUUUGAGAAUACAAACAGUAGUAUUUAAUAUUGAGCAAAAAGGCAUUGCAAAUUAAACCUUGCUAAGUUUUACAAUCAAUAACCAAGACAAUUUACAUUGAGACCCAGGCCUUCAGUGUUCCUCUAAUCUACUUAACAUAGACACAAUACAGAAUCCUGUCUCUUACUAACUAAACCUUAAAACAAAGAACGCCCAAUUUGUAAUGCAUAUGGGAAAACAGAAUCUCAUAGUCCCAGAGGGUCAUUCCUUUCUGCUAUUCAAAUGGGGUGGCUAGCAGGAUGAAAUCAAAUUAUACAUUAAUUCUUAUAGUGCAAUUCUAAAAUCCUGCCCCUACAAUAUAACCUCUCUCAUUACAUCUUUGACAAUUGCCUGAAACCAUCGGAUAAAGCCCAUAAACACAAAAGAGGCCAGGAAACCAGAUGACUAAAGCAAUCAAAAAGAGCACUUACUUAGUCAAACAAGCCACUCCAAGUUCACAAAGGUUAGAGAACUGGCAUUUUCAGAAGUGCAAGUCAAAUGAAUGUUUCUGGAUUACCACAGGGUUCCAUCCCUGUAGUCUGAACUUCAUGUCUAUUCAUGCCCAUAUCACUGUCUGAACCCCCAGUGGCUACCCAUCCAUAUACUACAGCUGUGCAGUUUCUAGCGACUCUGAAACUUAAAACAAGAGAAGCUAGGGGGAAUGUAAGUCAAAUACUCUCCCAUUUGUCCAGGCAAAUGAAAAGUAACCGAUCAUUUGUAAUGUAGAAUUGAGACUCUAUCUGCGAGUAACAUAUUGCAGAUAUUCAUUUUAUUCAGAAAGACAAAACAUAACUGGCAGAUAGCUUAAAGAAAUUUUAUAAAGUGUCUGUAUAUGUAUAGAUAAUAUUUAUGGUCUCACCAUCUUUAUGACAAGUGGGCAUAGCAUUUAAGAGCGAGAGGCGUAUUUUAUACCCUCUUAUUCCCUCCACCUCUCCCCUUUUAUUAGGAAGCUCCAACCCAGUCAAUCAGGAUUCUCCUACUGGUUUAUUUUAAAUUUACUUCUCUGGCAUCUACCACUUUCAGACCAUAAGCAUUUUAAGUGAAGAUGGACUCAAACACCAGCUCCGAGUUCAGAUUGGAGUUCAGAGCUUGAAUUUAUACAUAGAUCUGAACACUGUGACGUUUGUAAAAGUUCAGAUUGAGCCUUCACACGUUAGUUUAGAAGUGGGGCACUGAUUCAGGCCUAUAGCUUGUGUUACAUAGCGUCAAAGACAGCGUCUUCACGUUACAGUGUUCAACAACCAAACAUGCACAUCCCCGCGAUAACCGAUUACCUUUUGCCUGUCACCAUUUGAAUGCUAAAGGCGCAACUUUUUGGUCAGUUCACCAUAUGGUGAGUAAGUCUCAACUGUGUCUUUCAUGGUGUUACAAGAUUUAUAAAUUUAAGACCAGAAGGUACCAUUAGCUCAGCUAGCUUGACCUCCUGUGUAGCACAGCCAUUAAAUGUCAUCCUGUUACUCCGCUACGGAACCCAAUAACUUGGGUUUGGCUAAAGCAUAUCAUCUAGAAAGGAAUAUGGUCUUGAUUUGAUGAUGCAAAGAGAUGGAAAAUCCAAGAGGUCCCUGGGUAGUUUAUUCCAAUGGGUCAUCACCCUCACUGUUAAAAAAAAAAAAAAAAAUCUGCGAGUAAUUUGAAUGUGUCUGGAUCAGCCUAACCUUUCGUCGUUGUUGUGCCUUUCCCCAGUAUUUUCUCCCCCAUGAAGGCACUUAUACCCUGCAAUCACAUCAUCGCUCAAUAUUUUUUUCUGACAAAGUAAACAGAUUGAGCUGCUUAAAAGGCUCAAAGCUCCAGCCCUUGAAGCAUUUCUGUGACUCUCUUCUGCACUGCCUCCCAUUGGUGAAUAUCCUUUUUGAGGUGUGGACACCAGUAGUCUACUAUCAGUCUCACCGAUGCCAGAUACAGAGGUAAAUAUCAAGCUCCUUGCUCCUACUCACUACGCCCCUAUUUAUGCAUCUAAAAAUCAGAUUAGCCCUCUUUGCCAUGACACCAUCUUCAUAACUAUUUACCACUCUGUUAAUCUUUGUAUUAUCCGCAAAUUUUAAUCAGCAGUGAUUUUAUAUUUACUUCCAGAUCAUUGAGGAAAACAUUGAAUAGAAUUGGGCCUGCUACCAAUCCCAAUGGUGGUGCCUAGAAACAACUCCGUUAGACGAGGACUCCCAAUGACAACUGCUUUUUGAGAUGUGUCAGUUACCCAAUACAUAAUCCAUUUAACAUGUGCUUUAUUGGUAUUGUCGAGUGCUAAUUUUUUAAUCUGAAUGUCAGGCCCUACUACAUUACAUGUCUUUAAAAAGGCAAAAUAUAUUAUAGCUACAGCAUUAUCUUUAUCAACCAAACGUAAUCUGUUCAAAAAAUGAAAUUAGGUCUGUUUGAUAAGUAAACUAUUUUCCAUAAAACCAUGUUGACCAGCAUUAAGUAUAUUCCUAUCCUUUAAUUCUUUAUUAAUUGAACCCUGUAUUAGCUUUUCAAUUAUUUUACCCAGGAUUGAUGACAGGAGUCAUCCUGCUUCCCCUUUUUCAAUAUUGGGACAACAUCAGCACUCUUCCCAUCUUCUCGAAUUUAUCCAGUAUUCUAAGGUUUAUUAAAAUUUAACACUAGGGGCCUAGAGAUCUCCUCUGGUAACUGCUUGAGAGCAAGUUAGCUGAUAUAGAAAUGUUUAUCCCUCAUAGAUGUUGUUCAACAUCCACCUAGAUUAUAGUUGUACUGCAAAGGAAUUAAUCAUCCUGGUGUGAUACAAGUAGACCAUCCUGCUUCUUUCCAAAUACAGAACAGAAAUACUUAGUUAACUCUUCUGCCUUUUUUCCAUCAUUUAUUAACAAUGUUACUGUUUCCACUGAGUUAAGGGCCUGUACCAAUAGCAAAACUUCUUUUGUUCCUAAUGCAGUUUAAAACUCCUUUGUAUUGUCCUUAGCCCUUCCAGCGGUGUAUUUUUCCUUGAUAUCGUUCACUUCUCUUAACAAUUUUCUACAAUCCAUAGCUUCUAAUUUAUAUGGAUUUCUAUCUGUGUCCUCUGUGUUUCCAUUUCUUAAAUGUGUUUUUGUUAGUAUCUGAUUGCUGCCUUCACUGCUGAACCAGGAUGGGUUUUCAGCCAUAGGUGUCCCAAGCGUUUCCCAUCUCCAAAGAAGCAGAAUUUUUAAAAUAAUAAAGAAAGAAAAUAGGAACUGAAAAAACACAUUCGUUCAUAAUAACAUAGGGCCAGGCGCAAAGCCUAUUGAAGUCGAUGCAAGGAUUAUCCUUCACUUCACUGGGCUUUGGCUCAAGGCCAUUCAUCAGAAAACAUGCCCAAAAUUUCUAGAGGGUUCAGUAUCUCACUGCAACACCGCAGUAUAACGUCACCCUUUUUUUUCCCCAUCUUUCUUAGGUGUUUGCUGCUACACAGCAGGAGCACUGUAGUGCUAUCUUAUUAAAGCACAAGGAAUUGACCACUAGUAAAGGUAGACUGCUGGACUAGAAGGCCAAAUAGUCUCCUGUGGAAGAGACAAGUCAAAAAGAAAUACGUGCAAUACAACACCGAGUCUAGUGACGCUAUUUAAUUACACACAGUUUCCAUAUAGAAUGUGUGCUUCAACCACCUCGUAACUCAGUAAAACUGAUUUACUCUAGCCUGAAAACACCUUCAUUGUCCUGAAAAAUCUAAUAAACUGGGUGGGAGACAUUUGUUUUAAAAAUACAGGCCAUUUGUCCCUUAGAAAGAAAGAGAAUCGCUUGCUUUGCUGUUACAUGCACAGUGUCCCAAAUAAUUAAUAAACACUGAUAUAUCUGAGGGUUAUUAUAUUUCUGUAAUUCAAAAUGUGUUCUCAUCUUCCAUUUUACAUCAGGCAUUCAGAUUAUUUGGUAUUAUGGCACUGACAAGCAAGGAGGCAAAGGCAUUGGGAGAUGCAGUGCUAAACUAUAUGUCUCCAGGCAGUCCUUUCCCUUCUCUCCAGCUGGAGAGCUACCCAAGCUAUAAGGAAAAGUUGAGAACAAAGAAAGACAAGGCAGGGAGCAGCACUCAACCUCAGAAGGGAGGUGGGCAGGACCAUAACAUGGGAGUAACAGUUGUUUCCCAUGGGUUUUUCUUUUUUACUUUCAUAUUUUGAAGAUGUGUGCAUCAGGAUCUCUGGGGGGCACAUGGCAACAGAAUACCUAAUUGAUAACAAAUAAACUAAUGAGACUCCCACUGAGGCAAGAAGUUUAUCCACUCCCAACAAUCAACUGCCCCUUAUUCACCAUCAUCAGCAAAAGAUUAAAUAGAUAGGACUUAUGCAAUAACCUGAUGGUCAAUAGACUCUGAGUGCAUAUAAUGUGAGGGAGCUCUGGCUUGAGAUUUUCAAAGCCAAGUAGGGGACUGAAAUGAAUGGGAGUUGUGUGACUAAAUCUAUUAGUUGGCUUUGAAAAAUCUCAGCCAGAAUUUCUCUGGUAGCCAAGGUUCAACUCACAGAGGGCAGAAGGCAAUAGGUUCAUUUUGAACGCUAAUUUGCAUUUUAAUAGAACCGCAUUUGACUGCUUGCCAAAGCAACGUCUUUGAAGCACUCGAUCUUACUGCCAUUUGCCCGUGUGGGUUCAUUCUUCAUCCUGGCUUUCAGAGUGUCCAUUAAGUUUGCCAUUAAACACAAGUCUAGAAAUAGCAUCACAAAGCUCUUGGGAAAUUCACACUGCUGCAGCCACAGCAGCAAACAGUUAUGAAAAUGAAAAGUAAUGCCAAGACUUCCUUGCGACCAUGACUUUAAUUUGCAGCGUGUGAGAUGAGCUCAAGGACAGGCUGCCAUGUGUCCUUGUGAGGCAGCUGGAGAGAAGGUACAGCACAGCUUGAGCAAAAUAAUGUCUCCUAAAUUAAACCCACCACUGUUGCUCAUUGGAUAUUUCAAAUGUUGCAUUUUUUUCUCUUUGCCUCAAGAAAGCACUCCCAGUUGCGCAUUUUGUCCCGCCGUUGACUUUAUAAUCAAUCUCUUUUAACUCCAGAAAAAAGCCUCUCUCUGUAAAUCAGGGAUUGUGAAUUCAUUGUACGGACAAACCCAUAUAAAGAUCACAGAUCCAUUGUACACCUCAGAGGACUUUGGCUGUUUUUUCGCUUAGGCUGGUUUCCCACCCUUAGCUCAUUCAACUCACAUUUUGACUUCUGUGAUCCAGUUAGUCCUGUAACACCCAGCAUCUCUGGUCUAUAUUGUGAAUACCCUGCCCCCAUCCACACAUACAAAGAUGAACAAGAUUUCUAGUGUGUCUCCAGGCAGAUUGUCAUUUUAAGCAGUGACACACAAACAAUGUAAAAUGGUCAUUUUCAGCUCAAAAAGCCUCCUGGUUGUAAUUACUAUACAUGUGACCUUUUCCCUUAUUUAUUUAUAAAAUAAAUAUACAUUAUUUUUAAUACAUCAACUUUAGUAGAGAGCGAUUUGUACCGACACAGUAACAGUUUGUGACAUUUGAAAUAAAUUUGUGUUUACUUUGAUGUAUUAUAUAGUAACGAUGACACAAUGUAUUUGCAUUAACACUUGGUCUAUGAGCCACAAAAGCUAUCUAUAAAUUAUUGUACUCGUAAAUGCUCUUUUUCUGAGGAUUUUUUUAACAAUAAAACUUAUAAAAACUUA